AAAAAGGAGAAAGAGAGGAGGGAGGAUUACUAGUAUACUUUAUAGAUAGAAGUAUUAAGUAUUAUUAUUAUUGUAGUAAUAAUUAUAAUAACAGUAUUAACCAGCUGAAGAAAAAAGAAGAGAGAGAGAGAGAGAGAGAGAGAGAAAAGAGAGCAUAGGAAAUGGCAAAGAGAAAAUGAAGAAGAAGAAGCUCUCUUUUCUUGGAUUAUCACAACUUCCCCAUUUUCAUUUCUCUUUAUAGAUCUGUGAAAAACAAGUCUUUUCAAUCUCCUUUUAUCUGUUAUACAUAGCAACACUCAAAUAUACACCAAGAAACAAGAAACAGGAAUAAACUACUGUUGCUGUUGAAAUUGUUAGCUCAAAAUUUGUGGAUCCGAGAUGAAAGGAUGUGCUGUCGACUGCAGCUGUUAAAAACCAGAUUUUUUCCAACUGUAGCAUCGGCUUUUGUAUUAGUUGGAUCAUCAAUAUGAACCUGAAUCAUCUGAGUGUUGAAACUGAAGAUACUUUUGCUAGCUUGCUUGAAAUAGCGGCCAACAAUGACAUAGUGGCGUGUAAAAGAUGGAUGGAGCAUGAUGUAUCGAGUAUUCAUGAGGUUGGACUGUGGUAUGGACAUCAAAAGGGGUCAAGGCAAAUGGUGUUGGAGCACAGAACUCCUUUGAUGGUUGCUGCUACAUAUGGGAGUAUCGAGGUCCUGAAACUGAUUCUGUCUUUACCUGAAGUUGAUGUGAAUCAGUCAUGUGGCCGAGAUAAAAGCACUGCUCUUCACUGUGCUGCAUCUGGUGGAUCUCUCAAUGCCGUUGAUGCUGUGAAACUGCUUUUAGAAGCUGGUGCUGAUCCAAACUCUGAAGACGCAAACGGAAAUCGCCCUCAGGAUGUCAUUGUUGUAUUACCGAAGUUAGAGUCAACAAAAUCAUCCCUGGAGACCCUUCUUAAAAGUGAUGCAAUGGGCCUGAGGGUGUCAACAGCCACUUCGAACUCAAAUUCUCCACCACUUUCGCCUUCUCCUGGAAAUAGAUCACCUUCUUCUGCUUCAGACUCGACUUCUUCUCCGAGGAGUGCAAAGUCCAAUGACCUCCCUGUGUCUGAGAAGAAAGAGUACCCGAUUGACCCCUCUUUGCCUGACAUAAAAAACAGCAUCUACUCUACAGAUGAAUUCAGAAUGUUCUCGUUUAAGAUCAGACCUUGCUCCCGUGCAUACUCUCAUGAUUGGACCGAAUGUCCAUUUGUCCAUCCUGGUGAAAAUGCUCGAAGAAGGGAUCCAAGGAAAUACCACUACAGCUGUGUACCUUGCCCUGAGUUCCGCAAGGGAGCUUGCCAACGAGGGGACAUGUGUGAAUAUGCUCAUGGAGUUUUUGAGUGUUGGCUGCAUCCUGCUCAAUAUCGAACCCGACUUUGCAAAGAUGGUGCAAAGUGCAAUAGAAGAGUUUGCUUCUUUGCCCACGCGCAGGAAGAACUCAGGCCCUUGUAUGUCUCUACUGGUUCCGCUGUUCCCUCACCUCGCUCCUCGAAUACCGCCAUGGAUUAUGCAGCAGCAAUGGGCCUUAUUCCAGGUUCUCCUUCGUCAUCAGUACGUGUCAUGUCCCCAUCACAAUUUACUCCUCCAAUGUCUCCCUCUAAUGGUAUGGGUGGUUGGCCUCAACCAAACAUUCCAGCAUUGCAUCUUCCCGGCAGCAAUCUCCAGUCCAGCCGCUUGAGGUCAUCACUCAAUGCAAGAGACUUUGACGUGCAACACCAGCAGUUUCUAAAUGAAUUCUCCUGCCUAUCACAGUCUAAUUCUUUGAACCGUUUAGCUCAUCCUAAGAACCUAACUCCUUCAAAUCUUGAGGAUUUGUUUUCUGCAGAAAGCUCAUCUCCUAGAUAUUCUGAUCAGGCAUUAGCUCAAGCAGUUUUCUCCCCUACUCACAAGUCUCCACUUCUCAAUCAAUUCCAGCAGCAGCAGCAGAGCAUGUUAUCUCCCAUUAAUACAAAUUAUUCACCAAAAAAUGUAGAUAAUCCUCUAUUGCAGGCUUCUUUUGGGGUUCAAACAAUGUCACCCCGAGGAAUGGAACCAAUAUCACCUAUGAGUUCCCGUGUGUCAAUGCUACGUGAGAAGCAGCAGCAAUUUAGGAGUCUUAGCUCUCGUGAUCUUGGCUCCACUGCUUCUGCUGUUGUUGGCUCUCCAACAGAUACUUGGUCGAAAUGGGGUUCCUCUACUGGAAAUGCAGAUUGGGCUGUCAAUACCGAGGACUUUGGUAGGCUAAAGAGAUCGUCUUCAUUUGAGCUUGCUAACAAUGGGGAAGAGCCUGAUCUCUCGUGGGUUCAAUCUCUCGUCAAAGAAUCACCUCAGGACUUGAAAGACAAAGCCGCAUCUGGUGUCUUAGGUCUCACAGGUUCUAGUGCGGAGCCUAGUGAAGAUUCUACUUCGAAUUCCCAACAAUUCGAUCAAUUGAGUGCAUGGAUGGAGCAAAUGAAGCUUGAUAAGCUAAUGGCUCAGUAAAGACAUUCUCUUUUUCAUUUUACCGGGCCUUGGCGUUUCCAUAACAUAAAGGUUUUGGUAAUAUAACCUGUUUAGGUUCUUAUGGUUUCUUCAUGCUGGCUUCUGAGCAGGACUGUAAGCAGAGAAGAAGUCAGCAAAGAGGUCCAAAAUUCUGAAGAAAAUAAUUUUUUCUUUAUUAUUUUAAUUAAUUAUUUAAAGCAGGUAGUAGAAGAAUGGGUUAUUGAUAAAUGAGACACAGUGUAGGCGAUUUUUAUUCAAUAUUACUGUUCAGUCUCUUAGUCAAAAAGUUGUUACCUUUAUUUCAUUAGACUGCUAUGUCAUUGUACUGAAAAAGGGAUUGUCAGCCUUUGCGACAAUUCAGCAUUGAAUGAAGUUAUUUCAUUUUCAAAUUUGUUAA